UGCUGAGGUACAUAUCCCUUCCUUGAAAUUGAAUCACUUAGGAGUUGUUAUAAAUAAUUAAUAGAGCCAAUAAAGAGUUUAAUUAUAGUAUAUGUGAGGGACAGUAGCCGGUGAGGCAUGUACGUUGCUGCGGGGAACUCCACAUCCACAGCUCAAGCCCUAUUGAAAUGGCUCGACGAAGAUGUUGGCAAGCUUGCCCGCAUAGAAGUCCUGGUGGUAAUCAGUGGGGCUCUCAUGACCUUCUUGGCUCUCUUCGGUUCAUACCGUCGCCGGAGCCGCAGCGCACUUAUCAAAUACACUCUGUGGGCGGCCUUCACCCUCACUGACAGCAUCUCAGCCUACACCAUUGGUCUCAUGCAAACCGCCAAUUUCCACAACAAUCUAUUCCUUCUUUGGUCUCUGUUCUUGAUUAUCAUCAAGUGCAGCACCAACUCCAUCACUGCAUUCAGUGUCCAGGACAAUGAUAACAAGAUGAGCUAUUACUUUAACUUACUCUUGCUAAUACUCUACGUUGGUUUCAUCUUCAAUUCCUACUUCAAGAAUAUUAGUUUCGGGAUACCUCUAUAUAUUUUCGUGUUCGUAUUCAUGUUCAAGGCGAUCGAAAGGCUUAUCGGCUUAAAUCUAGUGGAUCUACCAAACCGACCAAUGUUGAACACCAAGCUGGUUUCAGAUUAUAUGCAUUAUGAGCAUGAGCUGAGCAACGAGAUCGAUCCUGUUUCCAUGAAAGGAUACAAGUAUUUGGUGACGGGCGAGGACCCGAAGGACACCGAUAUAAACCCACCGGAUUAUCUCAUGAAGCUAAUGCUCAACAAUUCUGCAGUUCAGUUCAAUGUCAUCACAGUUGAAAAAAUAUGGAGAUGCCCGGGUCGUGUGCUCAAAAACUCUAAGGAAGCUAAAGAUGUUUGCCUAUCAUUUGCUUUCUUCAAGCUACUCCGACGACGUUUCACAGGCUACCCCUGGACAGAGGCCAAGCAAGACAAGACCAAAAGGCUCAUCCUUGAAGGACUAUUGAAUGAUCCCAUUAGAGCAUUCAAGGUGAUUGAGACGGAGCUUGGAUUCCUUUACGAUAGCUUCUAUACAAAGUAUGCUGUAAUUACUGGUAAGCCUUUGUUGCUGCUAUCCUCUGUCGCCACAUUGCUGGGGAGUUUCUGGGUGAUUGGAAUUCUUUUGAACUACAAACCAACUAAUGGAGAGCUUCACAUGGAAGGGAAUAUUGAUGUCUUGAUUACUGUUUUCUUCCUGCUUGCCAUUAGCUUUGUGGAGCUUUGGCAGAUUAUUACUUAUGUAUUCUCCGAUUGGGCUAAGGUGCUGUUGCUCUGUUAUUACGUGAAACUGAGUUCAUUGCAUGAGAUGGACCUUCUUCAAACUCUGUUGAGCUUUGUGUGCAGGCAAAGCGUACUGAAGCCUUGGGAUCAAAAACUCGGUCAGUACUCUUUGCUUGAUUCUUAUAGAUAUGAACCUUCCUGCUUGAAGACAGUGCUGAUGAGGGGUGGGAGAGGGCAGAAGGAAAGCCCUUUUGUCCAAUUGCCUGACGAAGUGAAAAAGGCCAUUGCACAGUCGCUGAUAGAGAAUGAGGGAAAGCUAAAGAGCAUUGGUGAGUCUUUAUUGACACUCUCUGGGUUUGAUAGAGAUGCGCAGCUCAGACAACUCUUAUGGGCAUGCAAGCUGGAGACGUACACAGAAAUUAUAUUGGUGUGGCAUGUGGCCACCUUCAUUUGCCUAAAAAAAACAGCUCUUGAUCACAGAAGAGACGAGGACCAAUUCAAUCACAAGGUCGCUGAUAGUUUAUCAAAGUACUGUGCAUAUCUGGUGGUAUUUGCUCGGGAGUUUCUUCUGCCUGAACCAACAGAGUUGACCUCGUUCACCUUUGACAGGACUGUGUUUGAAACAUCGGACCUUCUAGAAGGGAAGACGAGCAUGAGCGACAAACUGAAUGAAAUCAUGAAGGUGGGUGAUGAUCCACCUCAGUCGAUACUGAAGAAGGGUGGGAAACUUGGGAGGCAACUGAUUGAAUUAGUUGGAGAAGAAAGCCUGAGGUUUCGCGUGUUGAAGGAAAUAUGGGUGAAGAUAAUUUUGUGUAUUGCUCCGUCAGAUAAUACCAACGCUCACUUGCAGCAUCUGACAGAGGGAGGAGAGUUCAUCACGCAUGUCUGGACGCUGCUCUGUCACCUGGGUAUCUUUCAACGACCGCAAUCUGGUAUUCCAGACCACCCAGUGUAGCUCCUUUCUUCUAUAUAUAUAUAUAUAUAUAUAUACUCGUCUACUAAUGUGUAUCAGUUCUAUAUAAGCUUUGUGUAA